AUGCCUAAAGACAAGGAACCCAAGGUCUCUUUCAACCUCAAGACCCCCAAGGGCACCAAGGACUGGUCCGGGUCCGACGCUCUCCUCCGCGACCGCAUCUUCACCACCAUCGCCAAUGUCUUCAAGCGCCACGGCGGCACCGCCCUGGACACCCCCGUGUUCGAGCUGCGCGAGAUCCUCGCCGGCAAGUACGGCGAGGACUCCAAGCUCAUCUACGACCUGCAGGACCAGGGCGGCGAGAUCUGCUCGCUGCGCUACGACCUCACCGUGCCGUUCGCCCGCUGGCUCGCCAUGAACCCGGACGUCCGCAGCAUGAAGCGCUACCACAUCGCCAAGGUGUACCGGCGCGACCAGCCGGCCGUCAGCAAGGGCCGCAUGCGCGAGUUCUACCAGUGCGACUUCGACAUCGCCGGCACCUUCGACCCGAUGGUGCCCGACGCCGAGAUCAUGCGCAUCGUCGUCGAGGUCUUCGAGGAAUUGGGCUGGACCGGCAGAUACAACAUCAAGAUCAACCACCGCAAGAUCCUGGACGGGCUGUUCGAGGUGUGCGGCGUGCCGGCGGACAAGAUCCGGCCCAUCUCCAGCGCCGUCGACAAGCUGGAUAAGAUGCCGUGGGCGGACGUGCGCAAGGAGAUGGUCGAGGAGAAGGGUCUGGAUGGCGCGGUCGCCGAUAACAUCGAGAAGUACGUCAACCAGAAGGGCGGGCGCGAUCUGCUCGACAACCUGCUGAAGGACGAGGCUCUGGUCGCCAACGCGUCCGCCAAGGCCGGUCUGGAAGAGAUGGGUCUGCUCAUGGACUACCUGGAGGCGUUUGGCGUGCUGGACCGGAUCUCGUUCGACAUGAGUCUCGCCCGUGGUCUCGACUACUACACCGGUGUGAUCUACGAGGUGGUCACCGAGGGCUCUGCCCCCGCGGUGGCGUCGUCCGCCCCCGAGGCCCAGACCGUGCAGAAGACCGGUAAGAAGAGCAAGUCCAAGGACGCCAACCUGGAGGACGACGACCGUUCCAACGACCCCACCCUCGGCGUGGGCAGUGUCGCUGCCGGAGGUCGCUACGACAACCUGGUCGGCAUGUUCCUGCCCAAGGCGCAGAUUCCCUGCGUGGGUGUGUCGUUCGGCGUGGACCGGAUCUUCUCCAUCACCAAGGCUCGCAUCGAGCGGGAGAAGAGCGCUGAGGCGCUGCGCAGCAGCGAGGUCGACGCCUACGUCAUGGCUUUCGGUGGCAAGGGCUUCACGGGUAUGCUGAAGGAGCGGAUGAGCGUGUGCCAGAGUCUGUGGAACUCGGGCGUCAAGGCCGAAUUCUCCUACAAAGUCAAGCCCAAACUCCCCCAACAAUUCAAGGCGGCCGAACAAGCCGGCGUGCCCUUCGCCAUCAUCCUGGGCGAGGACGAGCUCGCGGCCGGCAAGGUCCGGGUCAAGGAGAUGGGUCUGGAAGACGGCCACCCCGAGAAGGAGGGCGUGCUGGUUGACCUGGCCACUCUGUCCGACGAGGUCAAGGCCCGGGUGGCCCGGAAGCGCGAGGGCGUGGCGGAGUCGGUUGCGCAGCAGUUGGGGGGGUUGAAGGUUGAUGCUUAA